CCGGGACUCAGUAUCGUGUUGACUAUCGGUGAGUUAAUACGUGUGUGCUUUGCUGAUCCAAAGCUUCGUCGUCCAGAGUAGAUUCUUUCCGUUCUUUACUUGCGUUCAAGUCUCGUGCGCUGCUCGUUAAGCUUGGUUUGGUGCUCCGGCGCGCUUCGUGUGAGAGAAGUGGCUUAGUGAGGGAGUUGACAUUCGCAUCCACCCACGCGUCCAAUUAACGACGUCGAUCGGGCUGAUACAUGUGCUCUGCUUCUGCUGUUGCUUGAUGUGGUGUGUUCCACGCGAGGAAGUAAACUUGAUCUAGAUCAACGUGAGAGAAGCUCAAGUGCAUUAUACCGAAGACCUAGCUGUAGCGCCUUAUUGGCUACGGUUGUUGGCUUUGUAGUUACUGACGACGGGGACCUCCCUCGACGAGUGUAGAUUUCUGGUGCUCAUCCCGCUCCUUGUGUGGACCAAUUUAGUUCCAGCAAUUAUUCACGAUUAUUAAAUACGAUUUGAGGUGAUGUGCUAGCGAAGAUAGUUUGAUGUUAUUGAUUCUCAACGACGAGGCCUAAUACCGACUGGCCGGUGUGAUAAUUGAGCAUAAAACAAGAAAACGAGCCGGUGAUUGAUAGUACAUAAUACGCUUUUGGGCAACACCGUGAAUUGAAUAGAGAAAAAAAGGGGGAACGAGUGUAGCUAUUCAUGGAUCAAUUAUGUGAUUUCAUGCGCUGCCGAUGAUAAAUGAAAGUAGAACCAAAACUCUGACCGAGAGUCUGGCGGUCGGAUGAAUGCUGUCGUCAUCAAAAAGAGUGUGAGAAGAAAUUAGAGGAAGACCUUUGAAAAACUGAGAAGACAAGAAAGGAUUGUGCGAAGAUCAAUUGAUGAUCAGUUGUUGCUCAGUGACAAGUGGUGUUCCAAAUUAGUUGGCGCAGGCACUGUAUUGUGUCUAGUUUUAGUUUGAUCUCUGGGAACGAAACAUUUUUGAAAAGCUGCGUGGUGCUUCGAGAGAACCCAGCUAGGAGGAGGAGACGACCGUUCCAAUCAGGCGGUUUGAAUUUUAUGGAUACAAUAGGUGACCAGAUCGUGCCGUCGCCAAGCUUUUGGGUAAUGCAGUCACCAGAACUAGAAUUUCGGCAUGAGCUGAUGGGGCGCAUAAAUAAAUUGGAAAGUGAUGUCGAGCUGGACGUGGUACCGAUUAAUCAGCAUCAUCCAUCAUCCAGCUCCCCGCUGCCCCAGUCGACAACACUGUCCGGAUACGGGGCCCAAGGUUACGACUAUGGCAAGGAGUUCUUUUUCGCUGGAAACAAACACCGAGAUGCACUAUGCACGGAUGGCGACGAUUCGUUUCUGCGACCUCCACUGUGGGAGGACAUCACAAGUUCAAUCCAAAACAUUGACCCUGAAAACGCCGUCAUGUUGGGCACCUUGAACGGUAUUCCACAGGUCAAAACGGAGGCUGUAGAUGAUACCUUUUUGGAGCCUCUCUCCUCGCCGCUGUUAAGCCCCUUGGAAAUCAAAACCGAGAAGAACCUCUCGAUGCAAAACAACAACAGCAUACACCAAAACCAGUUACUUAGCGAUAGUAGUUGUAAUAACAGUACUAGUACAAGCAAUGUAUUCCUAGCAAAUAGCGAAUCAAACUACCUGCAUCACUCGCAUCCGCAUCCGGCAGCUCUUGCCACUAGUCAGCAUGCCCAUGCCCAGCAACACAAUCUGAACGGCUACAUGGGCUGCACCAAUGGAAGCGGAAGUCUCCUAGCCAAUACCCACCAUGGUGCCCAUCAAAACCAUCACCCUCAUCACCAAGGUCACCAUCUGCAGGUGAAUCAGAACAACAACUACUAUCAUUGGCCUUCCCAUCAGCCAACGCAUGGAGCUCCACAAAUGUAUCAUCCAAAGUACCAUCCACCCACGCAAGGUUCCACAAUCUGUACGCCAAUUUCGAGGCUAAUGUACGUCCCACCAUUAACCCCACCCAACUCCGACCCUGGAAGCCCAGGAACCACCCUUCAGAAUCCUCCUCGCCGAACUCCUCCACCGCCAUACCACCCACAGCAGCUGACAUCCCUCUCGAUUCACAUGGGCCCCAACGGUAAUCAACCCUCCCACCUGCAUCACCACCCCCACGGGAUACCACCCCAGCAAGCGUCUUCAGUGGCCACCGUUCCUGCCGGAUCUCAACAGCAUCCGCCCUCCUCAGCGGCACUCGUAACGGUGAAUCCGAACACUAAUCCAGCAAUAGCAUCGAUAGCAAUUGGCAAUAGCAGCACCAGCAACAAUAACGCUAGCAACAACAAUACCAGCAGCAGCAGUAGUAGUGGCAGUAGUGGUAACAGUUCCGGAACCGGAAGGAAACGGUCGCAGCACAGCAUCAACCACGUGCUCAGUAGUGUGGGUGUUGUGAAGCACAUUGUCGGGCGGUACAACCGGCGGAACAACCCGGAGCUGGAGAAGCGACGGAUACACCACUGUGAUUUCAUGGGCUGCACGAAAGUCUAUACCAAAAGCUCGCACCUAAAGGCCCAUCAACGAAUCCAUACAGGCGAAAAACCGUACACUUGUCAGUGGCCGGAGUGCGAGUGGCGUUUUGCGCGGUCCGACGAAUUGACGAGGCACUACCGUAAACACACCGGUGCCAAACCGUUCAAGUGCAUCGUCUGCGAAAGGAGCUUCGCCCGGAGUGACCAUUUGGCAUUGCACAUGAAGCGACAUCUACCAAAAAAUAAGUAAACUAUUAACCCUAGGCGUGUGCAAUGAGAGAGGCAUCCUUUCGUACUUUUAAUGGUGAAUUGAUCAGUUCAACAACCGGCAUCUCCAGUGCAGAACAGCCCACAGAAGGCCGAUCGAUCUAAGCAUGCUUAGAUUUAUUCCAACGCAAUCCAACGCUGCCGUUUGUGAACGAAAGUGAAAACAGAAGGAAUUCCUACUGACAUAGCAAGAGGCGUAUAUGCACGUUAGCCCAUAGCGUAAGGUCUCCCCAAAAAUCUCUCCCGAAUAAAUAUUGAACCAAGACGGUCGUCCAUCGAGCUAUUAAUAAUCUCUCUAGUGAUUGAUUUUUAUUUUGUUGAGCUUUUCAAGUCUUGCAUUCAUUCAGUAAAGUGAAUCGUCGGCACCUGCUUUGUUUGCUUAGGUUAAUGAGUGAAGGCGCCUACUAUGUUGACUAUUUGCGUUCCAUGAGAAUAAGGCUGCACAUUAAGGUUGCCCAUAUUUAUAUAUAAAAAAAAACUACUGUAUCGCAAGCAGGCAUUACAAUCUCAUCUGAUCACUUUGAUCAUCUUCGGAUGGUGAAAGAUAUUAUCAGCAAUCCAAGAGCGCUUUGAUAUGAUUCCAUCUCUCUAUCAGAUGAUGAUCUUGAAGCUUGUUCGGUGACAUAUGGGUAUAUUUCUGUUUUAAAUUAGAUUACACUACUAUGCUGUUAUGGCUAUUGUACGGUUAUUUUACUUAGUUGAGAUGUCUGGUAUAAGUAAAUUCUACAUGGUGAGUAUUUUCUUUUGCUUGCAAUGCUACAUGCUGAAUAAGUUAAAUCCGUUGACGCCACCACCGUAUCUGCUAGAUGAAUAUUGAUUGGGUCAGAAGAUUCAUCAGGAAUUCCUAAAUUCCUCUUCAACAAGAAAUACGUGCAGUUUCUUGGGAAAAUAUCAGUUUUUAUCGAAACUUUUAUAACUUGUUACGUGAUUUACAGACAAAUUUUGUCUGCUAAGGUGCAAGUAAUAGGGGCAAAGAAUUACAAAGAAUGAGAGAAUCAUUUUAUUAUUAAUGUAUUACGAAGGAAAUUAUUUUUCGUAAUCCAGACUCAUCCUAUUCUAUUUUCUUCAUUAUUCAAGAAAGAUUUCUGCUCAAACGCGCCAUUCCCUGACCCUAAUGCUUGAAAGUUUGCGUUUGUGGUCUUCGGAGAAAAUACGAACACAUUAUGUGCAUGGCCACAAUAAAAUCCAUCCAAACCUAUAAAAAUAUAAAAAAAGAAAAUUUGAUUUACUCAAGGAACGAAUUAUCUUCUUACUUCCGUUGGUUGACAUCUUCAGGUAAUUUUCACUUCUAUUAGGUCAUAAAAUAUUUCCGGACGUGACAGCCGGGCUGUUUAGAAUCUUUCUGUUAUGGCUUUCUGAUGUACGGAUUGCUCAGAUGAAAAGAUUUCAUCUUGAAACAAGAGAGUCAAAGAUGAAGUUCAAAAUUUGAUCAAAGAGCUCCAAGAUAAUAUCCUAAUAUUUGAUCCGUAUCUUGCUCAGAAGAUCGAGAGA